ACAUGUUUAUUAUUUGUAUUAGCACUUUAGCAUAAUCAUUAUAUCAUAACCACGAAGUAAAAUUAAAUAACUAGAUACCAAUCACCAAACAUUUUCUUUCCCAAUUCAAAAUUAGCUAACCAACACAAAAUCAGCAAUCUGCAGAAUAACUUUGGUAAUUAGCAAAUCUCCCACACAACAAAUUCACAAAUUCAAGUCUUAAGGCAGAAAGAUUAAGUAACUUUCGGUGGUCCGCCAACUAGCAGAGACGAACGGCAAAAUCCAUGACGCAGGUCAGCGUUCAGCGGUAACAUCCAAAGACGAUGAGAGACGAGCAGCAACAACCACCCACAGAGACGGAGGAAAGGCGCAGGGAGGCGUGGCGAGGAUGAACCACAGCUCGAGCGGAGACGAGACGAGGGAGGCGCGAUGAGACACGAGAAGCCGAGUAUAGAAGGAGGAAUGAGGCAGGGCGUUAGGUGCAGUGAUGGCGAGGACGGGCGACAACAAGAUCUGACGAGCAAGAAGCAGGGAAGCACAGCCACAGGAGGAGAAGAAAGUCGCGGCGGCAACGGAGGUGAGCUCCCAGCGCCCAGAUCUAUGGACUGUGUGGCUGUGUGCCGUUAGGAAUAGAGAGAAGAUAAUUCAUAGAGGCGGGGUCAGGUGGAGUAAAUCCCCAUAAUAGUCCCUGAGAUUCGGGUCGUUACCCAAUGUGAGCCCUGAGAUCCCAAUUGCAUCAUUAUAAUCCUCCAGAUACGGCUCCGGGCACCAUAAUAGUCCCAGGACAGUUUUCCGGUGAUGAGUCAUCACCGACGAUCUGAUGUGUCACGAAGUUGCCACGUUGGAUUAAGCCAAAACGUUGGUGUUUUGGGUUGGCGCCCCAACUUGACAAAAACGUUGUCGUUUGGCCCAAAAAAAAUAUGAAACGCGCUUCAUCAAAAACACACUAUCUCCUCACUUGUCUUCUCCACUUCCACCCUCUGUCUUCUUCUUUUCUUCUUCUUCUUCCUCCCCUCUUCAUGAAUGCCAUUACGUUAAGGUUCCUUUCGUGAGAUUGAAAUUCUUGUAAUCAGAAGACAUCAAAAUCAAGUUUCAUUCCAUCAUUUGUUUCCUCCUUCGUCAGAAACAAGAGGUUCUGCCAUUUGUAAAGGGUUCCUUUGGUGAGGUUGAAAUUCUUGCAGUCAGAAGACAUCAAAAUCAAGUUUCACUCCAUCAUUUGUUUCCUCCUGCGUCAGAAACAAGAAGUUCUGCCGUUUGUAAAGGUAUUCCUUGUGUGCAUGCAUGUGCUGCACUGUCUCGGGUUAACAAGCCACCAGAAGACUUUUGUCACCGCUUGCUAACAAUGGAGUCAUACAGGGAAACAUAUAAUUAUCAUAUUAAUCCAAUACCUGGACAACCAUUAUGGGAGCAUGCAGAAGAAUGUAACAGGCCACAUGCACCAAAAAUAAAGAGGAAAGCUGGAAAACUACAGAUGAAAAGACGGAUGGAUGCUGAUGAGAAGGGUGGUGGAGGAUCUAAAAAGUCUAAAGCUGAUCCCAAGCCUCAGAGUAACAAUGGAGAUAAUGUUCAUCUAAAGAGGCAGUUGGGCCCCUUUACUUGCAGUUUCUGUGGUGAUAAAGGACAUACAAAGAGAGGUUGUAAGAAGAAGAGAGAUUGUGAUGCUGCUGCAGCUGCUGCAGUUGCUGCUGCUGCUGCUGAGGCUAAUAAGAAGAAGAAAAAUGAAGGAGGUGCCCCUGCAUCUGAGCAGCAACUUCAGCAGCCUCAAGAUGAUGGUAACCAACAUGAUGGAGAAGAUAAUCCUGUUGUGCAGUUUACUGAGAUUGGCCAAGCCACUUCUGAUGCACAACCUGUAGAAAUAGAUAUAUCUCAGCCAACUGCUUCUGAUGUAGAAGAUUCUCAAAAGGAUCAUGGAAUAAAAAGGCCUUCAAAAUUAUCACCAAGGAGAAGAUCCUCUCCACUAGCAACUUCUGUCCCAGUGAAUCCCAUGCAGGGUGCUAGUUCAGGAACUGCAACAAGACUUGUCAAUUACAUGAAGUUCAUCCCAACUCCAGGAUUUAAGGCUCCAAGAAAGAAGAAUUGAAGACUUUAGCUUAAUAUGUAUAGGGCUAUCUGUUUUGAUGUUAAUACUUUUUGCUAGACAAAGACUACACAAGGAAAAAACAAUCCUUUAUGUUUUGCUGUAAAGUCCUCCCUUUUGAGGCAACUUUGUUUAACAUGCUCAUGUUAGAUGGCUGUCCUUUGUGUUAUGUGACUAACUAUGUUAAGUUGAACCAUUAUCUU